AUGGGGCAGUUUGGAGACUGGUUGCUCAGGAAAAAAGACCCGGGACCCAAUCGCGUUUUAUUCGUGAAUGAUCCCGAGGGAAACGACGAGUUCGGGUUCAGCAGCAACCGCAUUCGCACCACCAAGUACACCUGGUACAGCUUCGUUCCGCGCGGCCUCUUCGAGCAAUUCCGCCGCGUCGCCAACUUGUAUUUUCUCUUCCACGCGUGCGUCUCGCUCACGCCGCUCUCCCCCGUCAGCCCCAUCGCGACGGUCCCGCCGCUCGUGUUCGUCGUCGGGCUCGCCAUGGCGAAGGAGCUAUGGGAGGAUAUAAAGCGCGGGCGCUCCGAUUACGAGACGAAUAAGCGGAAAGCAACGGUCAUACGGCCGGACGGCACGGAGGCGACGCGGCGAUGGCGCGAUCUGCGCGUGGGGGAGCUGAUCCGCGUGCCGCAAGACGCCUUUCUCCCCGCCGACAUCAUCUGCGUCGCGACGAGCGGCGACGGCGGCGCGUGCUACGUGGAAACGAUGAAUCUGGACGGCGAGACGAACCUGAAGAUGCGCAGCGCGGUCUUCGAGACGCACGCGAUGAGCGCGGCGGAACUUGCGCGGGUGCGCGGACGCGUCGAGUGCGAGCAUCCGAACGCGUCGAUCUACACCUUCGCGGGGAAAAUGCUGCUUAGAACGAGUAUCGAGGGUGCUCUUAGCGGGAAGAAUGAUAGUAGCGCGGACCUAGAGUCUUCCGAAGGCACCGAGUCUGGCGGCGCGGCGCCGAUUUUCAUCACUCCGGCGAACAUUCUCCUGCGCGGAUCGCGGCUUCGUAACACCAAGUGGGCGGUGGGAAUUGUCGUAUACACCGGCCGCGAGACCAAGAUCAUGAUGAACUCCACCGACCCGCCGUCCAAACGAAGCUUCGUGGAAAAGCGGCUGGAUUUCGUGAUUAUGUUCGAGCUGGUGGUGCUGGUGGGCCUCGCGACGUUCUCCUCCGUGAUGUACGGCGUGUAUCUCGGCAAGUACAUGCAGCAGCAGUGGUACCUGCGGCCCGAGGAUUACACCGGUGUGACGGGCGUGGCUAAGGCGAUGUAUAAUUGGCAGCAGCCGGCUUUGGCGGGAUUCAUGCAGUUUUUCACGGCGCUCGUGCUAUACGGGUAUUUUGUGCCUAUAUCGCUGUAUGUGACUAUGGAGCUCGUGAAGCUAGUGCAGGCCGCGACGAUCGCGCUCGACCUGCAUAUGUAUUACGAGGAGAGGGAUAUCCCCGCUACUGCGCGCACCUCUAACCUUAACGAGGAGCUCGGUAUGGUGCACACUGUUUUGUCGGAUAAAACGGGCACGUUAACUCGCAACCAGAUGGAUUUCUUCAAGUGCUCUAUAGCGGGGAUAGCGUACGGCACGGGCGUGACGGAGGUAGAGAAAGCGGCGGCUGAGAGAAUGGGCCAGCCAAUCCCGGACGAGGAUGAGGAAAUGGAGGGGGAGGAGGGGGUAUACACCCCGCUAAAGCCCCUGGAAAAGGGGUACAACAUGAAGGACCCCCGGCUGGACGAUCUGAAAUGGCGGACACAGCCUACGGCCGAGGAGAUUCGGAGGUUCCUGGAAGUGAUGUCGGUGUGCCAUACUGUGGUCGCCGAUACGGGCGACGCGGCAGAUGCGGCGGGAGGUGCGGGGAAGGAGGGCGGCGCCGGCGGUGGCGGGGCGAGCGCGCGGGGUGGCGCCGGGGAGGGGUGGGAGGCGGGCGCAGCGUGGCACAUAGGCGACGGCGACAGCAGCAGCGACGACGACGACGAAUACGAGGCUGCCAUGUGGCGCGACGACGGCGGCAUGGUCAGCGUGGGCGGCAGCAUGGGCGGCAGCAUGGCGAGCUACCACACGGCCGACGCGCGCAGCGCGCAAGACUCGUUCCACUCCCUGGGAUCAUCCGCGUCCCACACGUCCGCGUCGCAGCCGUCCGCGUCAGCAUUCGAAAGCGCCAGGCAGCAGGCGGAGGGGGCGGAGCAGGGGAGCGACUUACCGCGCGCCCCCUCAGGGGGAGGCUCGGGUGAAGUCUCGGGGAUAGGUUCGGGGUUAGGCUCGGUGGUAAGUUCGGGCGCGGAUCCGGACGCGGUGCGGUACCUGGCGGAGUCCCCCGACGAGGCGGCGUUUGUGGUGGCGGGGAAGCGCAUGGGCAUGGUGUUCGCGGGGCGGCAGGGGCGCGAGGUGCGCGUGCUGGAGUACGCGGAGGGGUGGGCGCUACAGGACGAACGGCGCUACACAUUACUGCACACCAUCGAGAAGCGCAUGAGCGUAAUCGUGCGCACGCCAGAGGGCAAUCUUGUCCUUUUGUGCAAGGGCGCCGACAACAUCAUCAUGGACCGCCUGGGCGGCAGUGACGUGGCGCAGCAGCACCGGCCAAUCACGGAGCAGCACAUGCGCACGUACGCGGAAGCGGGGCUGCGCACGCUGGCAAUCGCGUGGAAGGAGAUUGGCGAAGAGGAGUAUGCCAGCUGGCAGGCGCGGUGGGAGAGCGCCAAGGGCAACGUGGCGGACGUGGCGGCGCAGGCAGCGGAGCUGGAGGCACUGGCGGACGAGAUGGAGAGAGGACUCACGCUGCUGGGGGCCACAGCGAUCGAGGACAAGCUGCAGGUGGGCGCUUGGAGUGCAUGGGUGGGUGGCAUGUGUGGUGAGCUUGGGACACAGGCGGUUGAACUGGAGGCACUGGCGGAUGAGAUGGAGAGGGGACUCAUCCUGCUGGGCGCCACGGCCAUCGAAGACAAGCUGCAGGUGCAGGCAGCGGAGCUGGAGGGGCUGGCGGACGAGAUGGAGCGGGGGCUCAUCCUGUUAGGCGCCACAGCGAUCGAAGACAAGCUUUACGCAGGUGCGCGCUUGAAGUGCAUGGGUGAGUGGUGUGUGUGUCAAGUGCUUGGGUGUCAGGUGGGAGUGCCGCAAGCCAUAGAGGCCAUGGCAGCAGCGGGCAUACGCCUGUGGGUGCUGACUGGGGACAAGCUCGAGACGGCCGUCAACAUCGGCUUCGCGUGCCGCCUGCUGCGCCCCGGCAUGCAGCAGCACGUGGUGUUUCUCGAGGAUAACGACCGCCUGACUGCUGAUGCCGCUGCUGUUGGCGCGGAUCCCGCAGAGCAGCACGUGGUGUUUCUUGAAGAUAACGACCGGCUGACUGCAGACGCUGCUGCUGGUACCGACCAUGCCAAGUUCGCAGCGAGCGCCAUCCGCGCGCAGAUCCUAUCCGCCAAGUCCGCCGCCACGGCGUCGGGCGCCUCUCUCGCCGCGCCGCACGCGCUGAUCAUCGACGGCAAGGCGCUCGCGCACGUGCUGGCGGACGCCGCCCUGCGCAGCGACUUCCUCCGCGCCGCGCUCGCGUGCGCGUCCGUGAUCUGCUGCCGCGUGUCGCCCAAGCAGAAAGCGCAAGUCACGGAGCUAGUAGGCUCGGAAGGGGGGAUGAUAACCCUCGGAAUCGGCGACGGCGCAAACGAUGUGGGGAUGAUUCAGAAGGCACAUAUCGGCGUGGGGAUUGCGGGGGAGGAGGGGCAGCAGGCGGUAAUGGCAGCUGAUUUUGCGAUCGGGCAGUUCCGGUUUGUAGAGCGGUUGCUGUUGGUGCACGGGUCGUGGAGCUACACUCGCAUUACAUACAUGAUAAAAUACUUUUUAUACAAGUGUCACACAUUCGCCUUCACCAUCUUUUUCUUCAACGGGCUCGCAAUGUUUUCGGGCAGCCCGGUGUACUUUGAUUGGCUGCUCGCGCUGUUCCAAGUGCUGUUUUCAGCGCUGCCCGUGGCGGUGGUGGGAGCGUUCGAUCAGGACGUGAAGGCCAUCUACCACAUCAGAUACCCGCGCCUCUACGCGCAGAGCCAGCGCAACCGGCUCUUCACAGUGGGUGCAAUCGGCAUGGCGAUGGCAAAGGGCAUGGUGCAGGCGGCCAUUCUCUUCGCACUCUCCUUCCUGCCACUGCUGCUCUCCUCCUCCGGAACCGAUGGUCGUGUCCUAGACGUCACAGCGCAGGGCUCCAUCCUGUUCACGGGGCUCGUGCUCGCAGUGAAUCUCGACCUCGCCAUCACCAUCCAGUACUGGACGGUCAUCCAUCAUCUAGCCGUGUGGGGAUCCAUCGCCCUCUGGUUCGUCUUCCUCGCCGUCGUCAGCUACGUGCCCCCCACGCUCUCCGCCUCAUUCUACGGCAUGGCGCCCAUGCUGCUGCCACGCCCCACCUACUACCUCAUAGUGCUGCUGGCCACGGUGGCGGCGCUGCUGCCUGGCUUCGCAGCAGCCAGCAUCACGCGGUAUCUGGCACCUACAGACGUGGAGAUUGUGCAGGAGGUGCAGCAGCAGGACCAGAAAAGGCGCCUCACUCGCCUCGCCACCAUGAGGAGCAGCAGGAGGAGAUAA